AUGCCUAUAAAUCCGACCAGAUCCAGGAUAAGAGAUCGGAAUGACCCGAUCAACAGACCCGAGUUUCUGUCACUGAACCAGCCUCUCAGAAAUAGCAACGAGGCACGGGGGACAUUAAGACGGCCUGGUUCACUGAAACGCCAGCCAAGCCAACAGCAGCAGCAGCAACCUCAAAAUGUACAGCAGGAGCCGCUUGAAAACAACACUGAGGACCGCAGAGAAUCUGUUAAACUUCCAGAAGAGGAUUGCAUACAACUCAACCCCUCCUUUAAGGGCAUUGCAAUGAACUCUCUUUUGGCGAUUGAUAUAUGCAUGUCCAAAAGGCUUGGGGUUUGCGCAUAUUCUCACUCUUCAUGGGGCAGUGUGCGCUCCAUGGUCAACCUGCUUGCAAUCACUGGUCAUGGCAUCCCUUGGAUUAUUGGCACAAUUAUAUGUCUCACCAGAAGCAACACAAUGGCAGGACAAGAAGUUCUGGUCAAUUUGCUUCUUGCACUUUUACUGGAUGUAAUGACCGUCGCCGGAAUGCAGAAACUCGUGAAGCGCAAAGGACCAUGGGAGAUGACGCCUGGCCUCUUUGAUUACAUAGCGAUGGACAUUUACUCUUUCCCAGCAGCACAUGCAAGCCGGGCUGCCAUGGUAUCCAAGUUCCUUUUGUCACACUUAGUGCUCGCUGUCCCUCUGCGCAUCUUACUGGUGCUGUGGGCUUUCCUGGCCGGCAUGUCCCGCGUUCUUCUUGGCCGCCACCACCUGACAGAUGUGGGAUUUGGUUUUGCAUUGGGCUAUCUCCAUUUCAAUCUAGUUGAAAUGGUGUGGCUUCCCUCCAACACUUGCCAGACUUUGAUCUCCAUCGGGAAACUCAGUUGGAUCCCCCUCUAA